UGGUGACGCAAUAUCCGCAGAGUUGGACCGGGGAAAGUUGUUUCCUGAGUGCAGGAGUUGUUCGAGUCUUUUCAGAGAGCUGAGCUGGCUGUGUGAACUUUAGUUCAGAUUAGCGCUCACAGGACGCAGGAAUAGAUGUCCAUGGUUGUAUCCAGCUAACAGUAUCACAGUAAAGCGGAUGGGACGUGCCUAGUUUGAAGAGUUUUAUCAUGGAAGUGACGGAUAAGACAGAGACUCUCAACGAGGCCGGCGACAGUGUCGUUCCACCGGAGUCCGAAGCGAAUUCGCAGACUCAGCUGGCGGAGUGCAGAGCUCAGCUGGAGCACUGGAAAGGCGUCGCGACGAUCUGCGAGCUAAGCAAACAGGAAGAGUUGCAGGAACUGCAGAGAAACUAUGACCAAGAGAUCCAGUCACUCCAAGAGGCCUUUAGAGAGACCGUCUCCCAGUAUGAGGCCAGGAUAUCUGCGCUGCAGUCGGAGCGUGCUCAGUGGAGGAGGGCAGGGGUCACUCCGUACAACAAGGACAGCAUAAAGAAGGGGAGGAUGGAGACAUCUCCACCCACUGAGACACCGCCCGUAGCCCGCCCCCACCCCGCAGACCCUGCUGCUGAAGGUGCUGAGGAGGACAGUAAACCCCUGGAACUGAUGGCAGAGCCCUGCAACCCAGGAUGCGCAGGCCUCCACAUGGAGGGAUUCUACACCCAGCACUUUGACUCUGCCUCGCUCUCCUCCUUCUCUAUGGACACGCCCUCCCUGCCCAGGCGCACGCCCCCUCAAGACGAUACAGCCUCCCUGGUUUCCACUGGAACCCUGGUGCCUGAAGCUAUCUACUUGCCUCCGCCAGGCCACAGGCUGGUCACGCAUGCAGACUGGGAUGCGCUGCAAGCGCAGGUGUCGGAGCUGCAGGGAGAAUUGGACCGUAUGACAAAGGAGAAGCUGGAUAUGGAGAAAGAGCUAGAGACACAGUCCACAGAGACCCAGAAACAGGUGUCAGUGCUCCAGUCUCAAGUGCAGACCUCUGAGACCCUCCUUCAAGAGUUGCAAAGAUCCUUCAGCCAAACACAAAGUGCUGUACAGAGCAGAUUGACAGAACUGUCUCUCUCACAGAAAAGAGUGUGUAGUGAACUCUGCAGACUCAAAGGGAAGGAGGAGGAGAACAGCCCUGCAGGAGACAAACACCCCCCCCUCUUUGCUCUACAGGAAGCGCACUCUGAGGAGAGGCUGCGUAUUGAAAUCGUGACCCUGAAGGAACAGCUGGAGAUGCGUACAGAGGAGAGUGAGGUCUUGGAGGUCCAGCUCUCAAGCUUGAAAAUAGAGACAGACCGCAUCCAAAGUGAAAAAGACAAGUUGGAGGGUGAGCUUCAGGAGUGCCGCACUGAGCUACAGGGCCUGCGGGUGGCGCUGUCGCACUUACAGAGAGACUGCAAAACACAGAGCCAAGACAAGGCGGUGCUGCAGCAGCAGUGUUUGGAGCUGCGCAGUCAGGUCAUCAGUCUGCGCAGUCAGCUGGACACCAGCCAGGCUGUGCAGAAGGACUUUGUGCAACUGUCCCAGUCGCUGCAGGUGAAGCUGGAGCAGAUCCGGCAGUCGGACUCUCUGCACCAGGUGCGGCAAGUGCUUGGGGAGGGACUGGAGGUGGAGGCCGAGUGUCCCGGCAGUGCCUCGUGAGCCUCGUGGAGACCGGCGCCUUUACUGUGGACCAAAGCUCUGCCUUACAGGCACAGACGUGCACCAGCCCUUAACUGUGCCAGCUUACCUUCUGACUUGUUCUCACUGUUCUCAUUAAGUGGCAUUAGCCAGACAUUUUCUAAUACAGAAGUAAGCGUAAUAUUUUCUCAAACAGGUCUAACAGUUGGUUAUACUUGAGGUUUAAGCAAAGCUAGCACACUGUCAUGAUGCAGACAUCAAACUCAUAUAGAGUUUCUCUUGGCCAAGAUUCAUGAUGACUCUUGCCAUCUUAAUUUAUAUGCACACACAACACAUUCUCAUAUUUGUAAACAGCUAUAUGUUCAUAACUGUCAAACUUAACAAGUGCCAAAUUUUGUCUCAUAUUUGAUGUUAUAAAAACAUAGAUGAUGCCAGUAUGAUGUCAUGAAUGUUAUAACUUGACACAAAACACUGCAGGUUUAUCAUGUCAUUCCUGGUUUUGAUGUUAUGCUGACUGGUCGCCAUCUCCUUAUACUGAAACAAGGUUUAAUGCUGUAUGUGGUUUUAAUCACCUGUUCAGUUCUUUUCCUCAAAUAACUCCCUCUCAGUUUUGAACACGGCAAGUGUUCACCAGCCCAAGAGGGCAAGGAAUAGCUUUGAUAUAGGAAUGAGAGAACAUUUUAAACUAGAUAUCAAAUAUACACUUCACAUGGCAUUUUAGUGUGUGGAAACUCCAUUUUCAGAGGAAUAGCAUUACUGUCUUUGGACCAGUAUGUCAAAAUCAGGGCAGGCCUACAUAAAGAAUUGGUGUAUGUCUGAACACUUCCACGGGGGACGCUAGAGGAUCUUUCUUAAAGGCAAAUGCUUUACUGUGGGGCAUGAAAAUAGACUAAUAUUGUACUGUUCAUCCUCUGGAAAGGUGCUUUACCUUGUGAACUCUUGUAGGCUGUGAGCUACUGUGACCCUGCGUUUUCACUAGAGUUGCAUCUUACAACUCUUUUGUGGUCUAAGACUAUACCUUGUCUGGAACAUGUGCAUAAUAUUGGUCAUUAUGUAGGAAUGGAUUGAUUUGUGUUGGUAUAAUGAUAUCAUGCUGUGUGGGUGUGCACCAUUGUUGGGUUUACUAAUCAUACUACUUACUGUACAUUAGCUACUGGCUUCAUUGCAGGUCUAGUUUUGUUUUCCUUCAGGACUUCUUACCUCUUGCAGAUUUCAUCUUGGAUGUCUUUUAUUAAACUUCCUUUUUAUCCAAGGCUGAA